AUGGACAUAUUUUGUGGUGUACACAGCUGUGCUCAACGUGCAGUCUUUUUGUUAAAUGUUAAGUUCAAUAUUGGUUUUGCACACUUGUGGGGGUAUUGUGAGCUUCCUGAUCGCCUUUCUUUCCAACCGUUGGUUCUGAGUACAGUCCGUUUGUCACAGAUUCUGGGGUUUGGGCUGUUGGGUAACGCCCUCUGGGCAUCAGGUCAGCCUAAGUUUUGCAACCAGGAAAAGAGGCAAAUAAAGCUGGAGCUGAAACUGUCUGAUCUCGACCAUAAACUGAUCUGGAGCAGCGACUCAAUGUCACCAACCCGUUCACACUGGAUAGUGAAAGACUGGACGUGUACCUGA